GUGUUUGGUUGAUCACUGGGCGGAAUUAUAAUUUUCCCUACAAUUUUAGGGGCAAUAUACAGUUUCUUCAAAAUACAGGGGGAAUUGCUGAAAUUAACCCUUAAUAGUAGAAAAGACACAAAAGAGGAGAAAGUUACUAAUUCCUGGGAUUUGGCGGGUUAGAGACACUAUUCGGACUUUCUCUUCGGGCCGACCGACCGACCCAACAACGAAGCAGAAAAUCAUGGCCGAGGAAGAAGUAGCUGCGGAAGUUGAAGCUGUAGAAGCAGUUUAUGGCGAAGACUGCGUGGUUCUGAACCCUUUUCCUCCCCAUCUCAAGGUUCACAUCAAGCCCCGCACUGCCGAUGUCUCUUCUCAGCAGGUGCCACCAGUUUUUUUCCCAUGUAAAUUUUGUUUCAAUUUUUUUUUUCUAUUGUUUCGUAUUUUUUCUGCCUAAGAAUAUUGGGGAAAUAUGAUGCUGAGAUUGAAUUUUAUCUAUUGCGUAAAGGUCGAAUCUUUGAUGAUUUUAGUUGUCACUUCCUCGUUGUUUUCCGUGGUAAAAGAUGGAGUACACUCUUUUAUUUAUAAUUCCCUAUACUUUUUGGCUUAUUCUCGUUUGAAUUUAUCACGUUUUGCAGUUUGUGGAAGCAACUAUAGGGAUUCAAGCAAAUUCCAAGUACCCAGAUGAACCUCCUAUCGUUACUAUUGUUGAUUCAAAGGGUCUUGAUGAGCAGAGGCAAAAUCAUCUCAUCACCAGCAUUAGGGAUAGGGCUGCUGAACUCUCCUCAUGUUUGAUGCUUGUAGCCCUUUGUGAGGAAGCAGUUGAAAAGCUGUCUAGUAUGAAUCAUCCUGAUGGAGACUGUCCCUUGUGCCUGUAUCCUUUACUUGUCGAAGAAGAGGGCAGUACUUCGAUGCCCUUUAUGAAGUUGAUGUCGUGUUUUCAUUGUUUCCACUGUGAAUGCAUCAUCAGAUGGUAUAGUUGGCUUCAAACUCGUAAAGAAGUGGAUCAUGACAACACUGCAGGGAGACAUGAGGAUGAAGAUAAUAAGGGACAGUGUCCUGUUUGUCGUAAAGUGUUUCUUCCAAAGGACAUCGAGCAUGUGCUUCACUUGGCUGGCACUUCUGAUUUUAGUUCUGUUGAAAAUGAUGUCGUAGACGAAGAGGAUAUUCUCCUGUCCAAUUCAGAGAAAGAGAGAAGACAGAAAUUCGAGGCGAUAUUAAAACUUCAGCAGGAGAACAGUGGUUUAAUCGAACCCAAAAGACACGAAGUACUCUUGCCCGGUGUAUAUCUUCCUCGGCCAGCCCCAACUCCUGCAGCCAUCUCCGAUAAAGAGGCCAAGGAUCAGCAAAGUGAAAAUGCAGCUGAAAACUCAGGAACUACUCCAGGCGGUUCAUCGAAUCGGCCUAGCACUAGCAAACACAGAAAUUUUCCUGCAAAGAAGCACUAUAGGGGAAGGGGCCGCAACCCAGGAAAGAAUGCAAGUAAAUGGACACCAAAAGAGAGUGGUGCUGCAAGUUGAUUUGACUUGCUACAUUUUACGCCUGAAAGAAACUUACAGCUUCUACUUACGAUCUUUAUUUCUUUGUUGUAUAGUUUAGAUGAAGUUCGUAAAAUGUAAAUUGAGAUCUAAGCAAUGACAACGAUAGUGGCUUGUAUGCCAAUUUUGGGAAAUACAUGGACAUUCAUUGUAUUCUUAUUAUCUUCUUUUCUCAAACAUUCAGUAGGAACGGAUUAUCAGGUCGAUAUUUGUCCAAUUGUUUUUAUAAUCUUCUCUUGUCAAGCAAUUUACUAAGACGGUAAAAUUAUAUUAUAUUUGCCCACUUCCAAUGAUAGACUGGAUAAUAUUUUUAGACGGAA